CUCAUUUCCCGUUAUUCGUCUCAACGGUCAACCUUCGUGCUUCUCGAGUCCUCCUCUUACAUUUCGUGUCGAGCAUCCUUUCGGUCGGGAGCUGCAGAGCACCUCCCACCUCAUUUUAUUUAUCUUCGUCUUUAAUUACAAGAGACUAUUAUCUUUGUCUCUCUCGACUUGCUUGCCUCGGUCCUUGACGUCCGGUCGCGUCUUGUCAUCCAUCACUUCCACCAUCGGAUCUCCUUUUGGCAACUGCAACGCACGCUCUGCCUUAACCUCCAGGUCUAUCAUUCCCUGUACACCGGAGUUAAUCGUUCAUUGUUUUAAUUUUUCUUCCUCGCCCCCGCUUUGAGGUACCCUUCAUUCUCAUCGCAUAUUUCUCGGGUAUGUCGAAUCUCAUAUCGGUAGCGCUCACGAUCUGCUGACUUUGUCAAGUCUAUAGGGCUCGCGACGGCAGUCUCGACGUUUUGCAUAAUAGACACGAUUUAUUGGUGUCAAUACAACCCUCGAGUGUUUCAUUUUUACCUCCGUCUCGUAAUAACUUAAUACCCGGGGUUCCCCUCGUUGGUCGACUACAGAGUACUCUCGGUUCACUACGACUCAUUGUUUUACGCGUUGCACUUAUCUGUCCUCGAGUUUUUCUUCCUUUAUACUAGUUACGAGUAUGGACACUGGCGGUCUUGCUCAGAUGACUUACAACCCCUCUUUCGAUAACGGAAGCUCGCUUGGGGCCCCGAGCUCGGGUUUUGGGUCUCGGAGAAAGGGCCCUAAUGUGAAGCGUUUGAGCGUGCCUCCGCACAUCUCCACCAUCGAUGAAUCGCAACCAUCAGCGCCCAUUCCCACUCCACGUACCAGCCGUUCGCAUCUUCUGGCAGGAUUAAGGACUGCUCCAAAGUCGGCCACGGUACCUUCGGCUUCCGCCCGCCAACAGCACCUGGGCGUGCAGGGUGAUCGAUAUGGAAACAUGUCGAACCGCACUGCUGAACGUGUUCCACAAACUGCCAUGGGAACUGGGUUCCCUCGACACUCGUUGGCUCUCAAUCAGGGUUUGGACAUGAACACCGGUCGUCCCGUGUACACUCUGCCGGAGCAGGUGCUCGCACCUCCAGCUAUUGACAUCGCCAACGAUAUGCCCAUUGAUGAUAGCCUGUACGCGGAAUUGAUGUCAACAAAUCUUUUCCUAGCGGCCCAGCAGCAGCGUCUGCAACAACAACUGAUUAGCGUCACCGCGGCGGCCCAGCAGUUCCAGGGUCUCAACCUUGGAAUGCCAAUGAACCACCACCAGCAGGAAUAUUCCUCUCUAAAUCUUCCGGGUAUGGGCUUUUAUCAGCAACAACUCCAGCAGGGUGUACAACCCGUAGUACAGCCGGUACCUGGUCAGCCAGGGCUGUUUUCAGUCUACAACCCCCUCACUGGUCAGCAGAAUUACGUCUACGACAACUCCUCCCAGCAGGAGAAGUCACCCCCCUACCAGGAGGAGGAGAUACAGCCUCCCACGAUGCAGGUACCGGCCUUCCGAGCCGAGGUUUCUCCUCCCCCGGAAACGAAGCAGUUGUCGCAGCCGGCCUCUCCUCCAAGUGCCAGUCCUUCCCCUCCUCAGGAGACUGCUCCCUUGCCUCCUCCGUCCAUUAAUGCAUUCCGCAGAAGCCACAAGAAGAGUUCUUCGUUUAGCCCCGCUGCUAGAUUCUCCAUUGAUACGGCCAAGGCGAACUCGAGCGCCGCCCCUCCUGCCCCCAAAACUGCAGCUCUUUCUCAGACGCCGGCAACAGGAACCUUUGGGCCUGGCCAAAAUCGCGCCGGAGAGCACCCUACUAGACAACCUCGGGGCCCACCAUCGUUGGAAGAACUUGUCGCCAAGCCGACAUCGAACCAUGAAGGAAGUAAGAACUUUGCAACCCGGCAGCGUCGUCGCGCGGUCCACAACCUGGUACGGGCAGGCCUCGAACGUCGCGGUGACAACCGCAGCUUCGGAUGCCAUAGUAGCGGUGGAACCAACACCCCGGCGAGUGAGAAGGAAUUCACAUUCUCCGAUGGCGAUGAUGCGACCGUUCGCAGUGGCAGUCUCUCAAGUAAACCCAGCUUGGGGAGCCUUCGCGCCGCUGCCAAUGGCGCCAUUGGAUCCGAGAGGAAGGAAAGAUCUUCUCGGGAUCGGCGGUCGCAGGACAGCCCGUACACGACCACUCCGAUCAGUGAAGAUAGUGGCUUCUUCGGCGGAAAAUUUGCGGAUGUUCGCACGGAUCAGGUUUCUUCACCCGCAGGAACACCUUCGGUGGCUGCUGUCGUCGCUGGCCAGAAGACAGCAGCGCAGGGUUCAGAAAGGCGCAAGACCCCGAUGCUUGUGCUAUCUAGCGCCGAAAAGCGCAAGACCCCGAUCAUGUAACGCGAACAUCGUACAUAAUGUGACUGAGACGUAACGGAUGUGCACACUUGGAUGAUUUUCUGUUUCUAUGUUUUCUUUCCUUUUACUUGUUUUGCACUUGGACAGCGGACCAGAUCUUCUCUCCUGUUCAAAAUGGACGCUCUCAUGU